AUGGUUCAUGGUUUCAUGUCGUUUUUCAGAGGUGGUGCCUAUACCAAUGGAUCAUUUAGUGCAAAGCUGUUCUUCGCGAAGAGUUUGGCAGCCGAGGAGGAUGAGAUGCGAGAAAGUGGAGACCGUAAGAAGGCUUCCAUGCGACUUGAGGAUGCUGAGAAAAGGUACGACAGUAGGUUGUCAUUCAAGUCAAUAUUUGGAAACGCACCACUUUACCAAAUCUAUGAUGAACACUUCAAACGUAAGGAAUCGCGUCGUCUUCAUCAUCGACUUCGUGGUAAUGUGGUUGAUUUUGCAACAUUUUUAUCAAAUACCCCCAAUUCCCUUUUGGGAUACUCCGAGUUAGAGGAAUCUGUGGAUGAUAUGGGCCUCUCUCUCACUUUCAUUGGUAUUUCAUGUGAGUCUAUUAGAUCGCUGCGCAAGAAGAGAGGUGACCAACGCCCUCUGCGGCAACCGAAAGCUAUUGUGUCACCUCCUAAAUUCGGUCCAGAUGAUCAGUCCUCCUCCUCGUCCUCCCUGGAAGACGAGGACGACUCAAAGCCACUGAGCUCGGAAAAGACUUCUUCCUUCACGGUCAUUAAAAGAAAUCUCUCUCACAAGCCAUCCGACGUUGAACGCACCGCUAAGAUGGGUGAGAUGAACAGCGUGGCUAACGAGUUCUCCGGCACUGGACCUGCUCGAGUCCGUUGGGCUGACAUGAUUGAGGUCGUCCGGCUCAAUCUGGCAGCUGGUCUUACCAAAGAACAACGCAGUCUACAGGAGGCUCGCUUCGAAAUAAUUACAUCGGAGGCUUCCUACUACAAGAGUUUAACGGUGCUGAUUGAUCUGUUUUAUAAGGCACCUGUCUUCAAUCCAACGGCUCCUAACGCUGUUAUUACAGAGUUUGAUAAACAUCAGCUCUUCUCGAACAUCCUCAACAUUCAUAUUACAAGUGAAAAUCUCCUGCAUUCAUUGGAAACGAGUUUUCGUAAAGACCCGAUGAUGGGGAACAUUUGUGAUAUUCUCUACGAGCACUCCGAGUCCAAAUUGUCUUAUUACGUUACUUACGUGAAAAAUCAAAUGUAUCAGACCAGAACACUGAGUAAGCUCAUGUAA